AUGAUGAUAGGCGAAGGUAUGAUGCUUUCGAGAGCUGGUAAAUUUACCGAAGAAAUUCACAUGAUUCUUAAGAAUAAAGAUGAGAUCCUAACUGGAGGAGGGUCUCCCAAGCGACUCAUUAAGAGUCAAUCUACUAAUAAGAUCCAACAACACUAAGAUAAGGAGAAAGAAGCAAGGCUAAUGAAAUAAAUUAACUUUUUCCAGCAAGAGGCAUAGAAUGCCAAUAGCAAAGGCAAGGAUAAGAAGAUGGUAAAGUCUGCAAGUUAAAAGAGUCUGGAUAAAAAUGGAAAGAACAGUUGGAGUUUCAAUACCAUAUCGAGGGAGCACUACUUUUAAGUCCACAAAAUCAAGUACCCCAUCCCUCCUUGUGGAGCUUAUAACAUCAACUUCGAGCAAGUGGACAGAGUAUUCAAGCCUCUUUCAUGGACGAACUAAGAGAAUAAGACUAGAGUUAUAAAGGAGAAGGUUGAACCUGAUAUGCGUUUAAUUGAGCUCCAAAAAGAUUCAAAGGGAUUUCUGGACUAUAAGAGAAAGAAUCCCAGAAUUGACUUCACAAAACUCCAGGCUUGCCAUCCACAUGAUAAAAGAUUUGAUCCCUUUGACUACUUCCCAGGCAUAUAUUCCAAGACAGGUACUUAGCCCGUAAUUGACUUUAGCAACACUCUACCUAGGGACGAUAAAUUAUAGAGAGUGAAUCUGACUCCAUCUACCUACUCAGUUAACUUUGAAUUCUUAAUGCCAAAGUUGUCCAAGCAGCUGAUUCCUUUCCAGAAAAUACCCGAGAGAAAGCCAAUUGAUAAUGUCAAUAAGGCUGUAACUAACGAUAGUACAGUCUAUGAUAACAUUGAUAAAUUCUACUCAAAACUUUCUAAAUACAAAAAAGUAACACAAGUAGAUUUAAGUAAACAAUACAAAAGAGGAAGUGAAAGUCCAGAGUCCAAACUACCUGCAUUUAUGGAGGGAGUCCAUGACAGAAUAAGUUUGAAUACCAUCUCAGAAAAAAUGCUGGAGACUAACAAUUUCUCUGAAGGUCACUUCCAAUCAGUGGUUUCUUCUUUCGAGCCAAAGAAAACUUACAGAGUGAAUUAAUCUACAUUUGGUUCACCAAUGAAUAAAUCGUAAAUGAAGUUCAACCCUAGACUUAUUGCACUAGGUGAAGCAGGAUCACUUAUGCAAAGCCAAAGAAUGACAAGAGCAGGUUCAUAAGCAGAUGGUGUCACUCUUAACAGUUUGCUAAUGAAGAAUGGGACCUUGAAAUAAGGAGGGCAGGGUACACAAAGCAAUAAAUAACUUUGA